GACUCGCGUCUAAGACGCACCUGAUUGGAAGAGGCAACAUGAAACUCUUUGCACAAUCUUGAAAAACCCGUGCUGAGUGGCUGUAGUACAGAAGCCAAAUGUGAAACGUGCCCUCCUAUUGGUUCAAAUUUCUCCCCUCGCUCCUAGUCCCCACACGGACUAGUUUGGUGCCCGGGGUCAGUCGGAAGCCGUCGGCUAGAGGCGAAAGCGGACACUGGUGUUCCGGCAGUGGACAGGGAUGAGUACAGGGUGACCAAGUCGGGAUGCAGAGAUCCAGGAAUCGUUCAAAAGUGGGGCUCUUUGCCCCCGGGUGGCCGGGGAUGGGCACCGAAGAUGAAGGCCCGGAGCCAGACUGCCAGAAACAGUUCCAGGCUGCAGUCAGCGUCAUUCAGAGCUUGCCCAAGAACGGCUCAUACCACCCCUCUUAUGAAGAGAUGCUGCGAUUCUACAGCUACUACAAACAGGCCACUGUGGGGCCCUGCCUGGUUCCCCGGCCUGGCUUCUGGGACCCCAUUGGACGCUAUAAGUGGGAUGCCUGGAACAGCCUGGGCAAGAUGAGCAGGGAGGAAGCCAUGUCUGCCUACAUUGCUGAGAUGAAGGUGGUGGCGCAGAAGGUGAUCGACACGGUGCCACUGGGCGAGGUGGCAGAGGACAUGUUUGGGUACUUUGAGCCACUCUAUCAGGUGAUCCCUGACAUGCCAAGGCCCCCGGAAACCUUCCUGAGAAGAGUCACAGAUCGGAAAGAGGAAAUCCUGAAUGGAGAUGUUGGGGUUGACUCAGAGCCUCCCUGUCCUCCCAAGGAACUGGCCCCUCCCAGCCCAGACGCCCUGCCACCCCGGGAACUGGACUCUGAGGUGUUCUGUGAUUCCCUGGAGCAGUUGGAACCAGAGCUGCAGGUGUGGGAAGAGAAGAGGGCAGCACCUGCAGGGGGCCCUGAUCCCUGGACCAGCCCCAGGCCCCCGAGAGAGAAAGAGGGCUUGGGGGGCAGUCAGCUGGGACCCCAGGAUUUGGACUCGUGGCUGGUGGGAACCGUCCGGGCGCUGCAGGAGAGCAUGCAUGAUGUCCAUGGAAGAUUGCAGAACCUGGAGAGCAUGCCCCACCCCCACAAGCAGCAGAUGCCCCCACCCAGUGCCCGUCCCUGGGCCCUCAGGCUCCCGGGCCCCACGCUGCUCUUCAUCCUCCUGUGGCCCUUCGUUGUCCAGUGGCUCUUCAGACAGUUUCGCACCCAGAAGAGGUGACUCUCGAUGGAGGGGUCUUUGCAGCCAACUGAGGCGGCCAGGGUCCCCGCCGCCCCGUUCUGCUUCGCCCUGGGCCUUCCCAGAGUUUCCAGGCCUUAAAGAAUCACCCCCAUCCGCGCCUGACUGGAGGCCACCUCCACUACUGCCCCCCUCCCUCCUGCAGUGCUGAGCAGGUUCCUGGGCGGGACUCCUGGGUCCCAGCCCAGCCCACUUGACUCCUUCCACACCUCUCCCAGGAGACUCUGGGGCAAGUUGGGGCUUGGGCUGGAGCCUGGACUAAUGAUUGGCUGGGCAGCUGGGCAUGGGAGGGGUGGGGCGAAGGGAGGGGUGUAAGCAGUCCUUUUGCUUGACCCCCCUCACCAUCCCCACCACCACCCUCUACACAGACUCAGGACGUCUUCCCGGGUACAGAUUUGCUUUUCAAAGGAAUGUUUCACUAAAUAAAAGAGAGCCUUCAUCUUU